CUUCCGGUAGUCGUCGUCGUCGCCGCUGCUGCCGCUGCUGCUGCUGCUGGGGCUGCUGGCGGAGGCCGGAGGAUCGGGCGGCGGCGGCGGCGGCGGCUGAGAGGGCGGCGGCGGGAGCGGAGCGGGACGAGGGAGCGAGAGGAAGCGAGCGAGGAGCAAGUGGAGCGUGCCCAGCCCCGCCCGCCCUUCCGCUCGCCGGAAGCAGCCGGAGCAGCCCGGGCCCCCAGCCGCCGCCGCCACCGCCGCCGCCCGCCUGCCCGCCCACCGGACAAAGCCCGAGAUCCCGCGCCCAGAGCCAUGUCCUCGUCCUCCGGCAGCGGCCACCAGCCCAGCCAGAGCCGCGCCAUCCCCACCCGCACCGUGCCCAUCAGCGACGCCGCGCAGCUACCUCAUGACUAUUGCACCACGCCCGGGGGGACGCUCUUCUCCACCACUCCGGGAGGAACCCGAAUCAUUUAUGAUCGAAAGUUUCUGUUGGAUCGCCGCAAUUCUCCCAUGGCUCAGACCCCGCCCUGCCACCUGCCCAAUAUCCCAGGGGUCACCAGCCCUGGCACCUUAAUCGAAGACUCCAAAGUAGAAGUAAACAAUUUGAACAACUUGAACAAUCAUGACAGGAAGCAUGCAGUUGGGGAUGACGCUCAGUUUGAGAUGGACAUCUGACCGCCCGCGGGGCGGCAGGGGGGCGGCAGCGCUGAGGCUGCGCACCGGAUUGGGCCCAUCGGAUCAGCAAUGAGCGGACGGAAGGGGCGGCCAGCAGUCCCGUCGCAGCCCCCGAGACCUCCUCUUCCUUCCUCUGGGUGCCAAAUGAUGCGAAGAUGGGCUUCAUCUGACCGUUUCCUCUCCGUUUCCUGUCCCCCUUCCCAGUUACACCGAUUCGAUCCAAGGUCCUUGGCAUAUUUCUGUAGACCUAAGCGGCCCACAGAGGAAAACAGUUAAACUCUGGCUUCCGUAGUCAUUUUACAGUUGAGAAAACCUGUCCUCCCCGCCCCCCUCCUUUUUUAAAUCCCAAAUCAAAUAUCAACCUGCCAAUUGCCUGACUGGGAAGUCUGGGAAAGUGACACAGAGGUGUGACAGGUUCAGUAUUGUCUGUGUUCUAACCCUCUGUCUGCCCUCCCUGUCUCCCACCUGUGGUUCAGAGCUGCAACAGUCUGGGUGUCAGGUCUUCACAGCCAUCAGAGGGCAGUGGUAACGGAGACGAGAGCCACUCUGCCUCGUACCUUGAGCUAUUUGUCCUUUGGGCCAGAGUGCAGUUUGUACAGUUCUGCUAGCAUCACCCUGCGUCGCUUUCUGAGGUCCCCUUCCCCUCCUUCCUCCGGCAGGAGUGUCUUCUGUCUUUGGUAUUCGAGUGCCGCUUCCCGGUCCUUCACUUAGCACAUCUGUGCGAAAGGCGUGAGCCCCACCUGUGGGGGGAGUCCUCCGGAAGCAGCGCGGCCCUCCUUUUCCUCCCUGCUAGCAUCCGUUGCCUGCUGCCCCCUUGUAUCUGAGCCACCGGGGUGAUUCUGCCGCUCCCGCAACAGGCCUGUCCAAGUGACAGGCGCUUUGGGGGAGGCCUGGUCAUAGUGUUCUGCCAGGUGACCCCGAAGAGUGACCUUGGGAGCGUGCUAAACCAGGUGGGUACUCGGUCUCAGUAGUCUUGCUUUCUAGUCCACCAGGCUUUGGGAUACUCGCUGUCUGAUUGCAGUGUCUUCUGUUUUGAGUUUAAAAGGUGACUUUCAGAAUGCUCUUAGAAAAGAACCAAACUUUUUUCCUUUAUGGACCUGCUGAGGCUGCUGGGAUAGGUAAGCACGGGCUUGAAAGUGGGUUCUCCCAGGUCUUGCCUUCCCCGUAGUACUCAGAGUUGUCCCUCUCCUUCCCUCCAUCCCUCCCUCCCUCCUCUCUCUCUGCCAGGCCAUUUUUCAAAUACACAUCGAAGAUACCUCGAGCGUUGGUAUCUGAUAAUAUCGCACUCCUCUUAUCUGAGGAGUGAUCUUUUAUUUUUAAGAUGACUACAGACCUAUUUUUAGAUAUGUUUUCAAUACGAUUUUGAACAGCAACUUUUUAAUUACACAUCUUCCGGUGUUAGGAAGGUGAGAAAUGUCCGCAGGCGAGUCUGCUGUUCCGUGUCACCAUCCUUUGUCUCCCCAAGUCCCUGACGAGCUCUUGGCUUCUCCCUCUAGUUUUGGGUGUGCAUGUUUGCAGUUUGUAGUGGGUGGUUUGUAAAACUGGACCAUUCUGCCUUGCUGUGGGUUGUUCACAAGAGCCUCGUUCUUUUCCCUCCCCCUUUGCUUUUUCAUGCGGACCCACCCCACCCUCCCGACUAUUGACUGGCACAGUAAUCCCGGGAGAGUGACCCCCUUGUAGAAAGACUAACACCUCUGUCCUCAUAGAAUGACAAGUAAAGUAGCCACUGGUGUCCUGGGAAUUUCUGGUUCCAUUUGGUGCCCUGAACCCUCUCAUUAAGAGAUCACAUCCCAGGGUGAGAGUAACAGGCCAACUGGCUAAGAAAGAAAGCUGUUUGUUUUUCUUUUGAACUAUGAAAAGACCCUGUUUACGAACACAUUUUAGACAGAAGAGAGGAAGGCUGUCCGAGGAACUUUGUUCUGUUUUCUACAAAAUGUGAAUAGUUCAAAGAGUGAACCUUUUGUGACGGUUGAUGUUUCUCAGGAAUAAGCUGGAUCUCCAAAAUUUGGGGGAUGCUUUCGGUCUCAAAAAUUGAUGAUCAAAAAAAGUAUUUUCUUGUUUGUUUGUUUAAUGUGUCCCUGUUCUGAUUUUCAUUAAACUCCACAUUUCGCUUUCCAUACUCUUGGAGAAACUUGAGUUGCACCGUCAUUUGCAUGAGAAGCUUGCUCAGGACCCCUUUGUCCCCUGGGAGCUUAAUUCUUUGGGAGUGAAGCUUCUCGUUCUUCAUAGAUGGCUUUGGCAUCCGUGGAACCUGGCUGCAAUCCAGCUAGUCGGGCAGUGAGCAGAAGAGCACCCCUCGAUCUUUAUUGCUGCCCAUGAAAAUCUGGCCUCCUCGCUGAGCAGCAGGGAGUGGAUUUAAAACCUGCCAGCUUGGGUAACAUCAAGGUGCCAUUUCCCCCUUUCUGCCAUCUUGGGGCAUCUCUGCACACGGCUCCCUAAUCGGAGGCCAUUUUUCUCAUUUUUGCGGGGAGUGUCAGCUGUCUGAUACGGCAGUGGCCCGAUCCUCCAGCCUUUUCUGCAGGGACCUCCUUAUUGGUUGGUGGCCUACCUUCCUGGAGGCCUCUAGUGUGAGACAUACUUUGACCUCCAUGAGUCUGCAUUUUAAAGUUAGUUUCACAAGGCAACAGGUUAACUUGUAACAGAUCACACCUGUGUGCCAUGCCUCACAGAAUGAUUUUUUCAGGGCGAGCCAGAUCCAGAAUGAGUAAUCUCUCCUGGCUUUCUCUUGUGGGGGGAGAACCCUUAGGGGACCAUCUGAGUGAGAUGGUUCUUAAAAUCUUCGUGAUCAUUUGUUCUUUUUAUGAGGAAACCACGUUUCUCUACCUCUGAGGACAGUCCACCUUAGUGAGAAAGGACCCUCCAGAUUCCAGCAGGAGACAUGCGUUGUCUUGGUCUGUCUUACAGUAUGGUUUGCCGAGAUCACACGUCUUCACAUUCUGUGUAAAUAGCUAACGCCCUCAAGAGCACACUGUCAGGCGGCUGGCUCCUUGGUCUUGGGCUGUCACCCCAGAGUUUUAUCGUCCCACCUGUAUUAGUUAUCUCUUGCUGUGUAACAGAUUACCCCCAGACUUUCAAUCUUGAAAGAGCACACAUUUUCUGUCAGCUUCUGGAGGUUAGGAAUCGGGAAGCAGCUUAGCAUGAUGGUUCUGGCACAGGGUCUCCGGAAGUUGCCAUCAAGAUGUUGGCAGGGUCUGCAGUCCCCUAGGGCUGGAGAAUCCGCUUCUGCACGCUCUCUUUGUGGCUGUUGGCAGGAUGCCUGCGUUCUCUCCCUACGGGUCUCUCUGUAGAGCAGUGCAGGUGUCCUCCCACCAUAGCAUCCGGCUCCCCCUGAGCAGGUGACCCCAGGGAGAGGGCAAGCGGGGAGUCUGCAGUGCCUUUCAUGAUGGUCUCCGAAAGCACACACCAUCACCUCUUCUUACUGUGUUCCUUAGAAGCAAGCUACAAGCCCGGCCGACACCCAAGGGGAGGGCAGUUACACCCCACCUAUGAAUGGAGCCGUAUCAAAGAAUAUGAGGAUCUGUCUUAAAAUCACCUCACCCCCAACAGAGGGUAAAGUCAGUCCGACCCCAGGGUAGGUUAAACCAGAUAACACAAAGAGACAUAUUGUUACUGCCAUCUCCAAACUGAACAGAAGACACACACUCUCUCUCUCCCCAAAGCCAUCUGCUGGUUUGGAGAGUGGUGGCAAGCAAUGACCAUUCCCGAGAGAAUAAAAAGAGCUCAACGUGUGCCUGGCUACAAGCAGUGCAAGGACGCUUCCUUGUGAGUCUCAGGCUUCGUGUCUCUGAGACUCAGCACGACGUCUUUGCAUCUCCCUGAGCCAGGAACUGACAAAGGGAAUCGGCUCCUCCUAACUGAGCCAUGAAAGCGGACUUAAUUGGAGUCAGGGUUCUUAAACCGAAGGAGGAAAUGUGAACGAGAUGUCGGGUUACGGGGCUGAGUAAAAGCUUCAUGGUUCAGAUUCAGGGUGAAGGAGAUGAUGGCAUCUGCAAGCCCGGCCCCUGCAGAGUCGGUGUUGGCACCUGGUCUCUGCAGCCAUUCCAGCUGCAACAGAUUUGGCUUAGGGCUCUCACCCAAGAAGCCACUUCUCCAGUUCAGUAGGGAACAUCGGAACUUGAAAUGUCUGUCGGUGCUUGAUGGCGCCUCUACAUCCGGUGUGUGUCUUCACUGGUGCUCACCUCGUCCCGGGCUUCCUGAUGGAGAGGGGUUCUUAAAGAGAACCAGCCCUGGCUUCCCCUUUGAGGGAAGCUUAAGAUGAGCCUGGUCAGUUGGACACAUUCUCGGAACAUCUGCUGGGUGUCUGGCACCCGUUCUCAACAGUGGUUUAGAGACUUGAGACAUCUUUAAGACGCACAUUCCUGUCUGGCUUUAUGCUCUUCCCGGCGUUUUCUUCUCUGUGUCCCUGCUUGGUUGAGCAUGAACUUGACCCAAAAGCAUGGCUGCUGAGGCAGCCGUAAGAACAAGGGCACUUCCUCCACAAGUAAGGACUCCUCUUCACAGCACUUCCCCAUGAAUUGUCUUUUCCCUUCAGAUUGCGAGGCAGAGUCAAAAUAGAUGGUCUUUCGUUUUCUGUUGUUUGGGUUCCCAGCUCUUUGGGACCGUCUGCCCUCCUUGGUUCGGACGUGUGCAGUAGCAUGCUGCCCGUUGCGGGUUGUCCCCCAGAGCCCAUUGUUCAGCCAGCACACUCUGUGCCCCCGUGCAGUCAAGGCAGCUGGUACGAGUGGCUCGUCGUGCUGGCAGCAGUAACCCAGAAACGGACUCUUUACCUAUUCUCCCCUUCUUGGAUAUUCGAUGGCGUGUCAAGCAUCUUGGCUGCUUGAAGCCGGGGCCCUGGCCCUUUGCGUUCUCCUGCAGAGAGGCGGUCUGCUGCCUUCCAUCUGGGCCAGAACCUGCCCGUCCUGGCAUGUUUCCGGACUAUAGGCGUAGCGGCUGUGUAUUAAUCUGCGAAACCCAAUCACUUACCCACCCAUGAUACCUGGGAUCGGGUAAUCAUUUGAAAGAAGCAUGGUUUCUUUGGGAGGGCAGUUUCUGUCUGGACUUCGAAAGGGGUGUGGUUAACCACACACACCCAUCCCCAUGUCCUUAACUCUCAGCUUUUAAUAAAGGAUGAAAUCAGAUCUUGAGGUCACAAUUCUUUUGAAUGCCUGUACCGCAGGGGCAUUUCCUGUUCUAGUAAGGAUUUUCCAGCUCGGCACUGGGGUUUCCUUGAGGCCAGCUCAGGAAUUUCUUAGGAAGGACUCGAAGGAGACGGAUACAAACUUGUUUUCUCAAGCAAUCAUUCAUGUCACCUUUCCCACCCUCUGGAAUUUAAAUUUCUUUUUCUGGGCUGGUCCUAGAAGUGAAUACCUUGUGGCAAAACUAGAUUGAAGAGGUCUCUUGAGUCCCUGUUCAGAGGGUCUGUGGUUUCUCUUUGCUUAGCCUCUGCCUGCAGCUCCAGCCAGCCAUGCAGUAUGGAUGGCCAGGGGGACAUGGUGCCGAGGUGAAACGCAGUUCCUGGGGUAUUUAAAUUCUUACUCUGCCACCUUUCUAAGACUGGGGGGCUGACAGAUGCUGCAAUGCUUGAUAAUCAUGUGGCCAUGCUGAAAUUUCCAAAGGGAGCUCUUGCCAGUGCUUACCCCCCAAAUUCCUGGAUACUUCUGACUUAGAGAGUUCCAUGAAUCUAGCACAGGCUAGCCAUUCUUGUCCCUGGUGUAUCCCCGUCCUCUCCAUCUUAAUCUUUAAAAACAAACAAAAAACUAAGCCCAGGUCAAGGGUAAUUUUUACUUGAAACCAGGAGGGUGGCGGAGGAACACGAGCUAAAGGACGAGUUGUCCAUGUAAGCUAUCCUGCUCCUGGUGGCCGUGUCCAAAUCACUGAGUACCAUGAGCCAGUGCCUUUCCCUCCCCUGAAGACGGAGCCCGCCUCUUCUCACCUGAGUACCCCAGGGGUGAGCCUCAAAGGAGGCAUCUUGGAGAGCUCAGAGGACCCUCACAUAUCCAGGGGUCCAUUUUAAGCAUCUUUAAAGAUAUUUUUCUGUAUAAAACAAAUGCCCUUCCCUGUCUUAGUGCCACCAGUGGCCCAGUUCCAUCCACUGAACGGAAAAGUGGAGACUGUCGUUACUUCCUUGGUCUUCCCUUAGUCCCCUUCGACGUGGUUGUCCCCCCGCCCCUCCCGUCCAUUCUGCUGUCAUGGAUGGAGAGCAAGGACACCGUGCAGUCUUGAGGCAGUCCUGUGUGAGUCCGUGAUCACUUUUGUUGUUGGUUGUUUUUUGUUUUUUUGUUUUUUUUGUUUUUUUGUUGUUUUUUUUUUGGUAACUGUCCUAAACCAGCAGGUGUUUGGAAAUUAGGGAAAAAAUUAAAUUCUCACCAAUGGUUGCUGUUACAGUUAAAUCAAUAAAGAUCUUGAGUAUCAA